CCGAAGCUCUUGCGAGAUAACAUUUCGACGAUGCAACGAGGAAUUGACCAGGAGGCCUUACCACGAACCUUUCAAGAUGCCAUCUUCCUCGUUAGAGAACUGGGUAUCAAAUAUCUCUGGGUAGAUGCGCUAUGUAUCAUUCAAGACGACGUCGCCGAUGUACAUCGCGAGAUUGGUCUAAUGGGGAAGAUUUACCAAGGCGCGCUGUUGAAUAUUGGCGGCCUUUUGGAUCAAGGAACGACGAAGGAAACGGGGGUUGGCUUAUUCACGACGCGCGAUCCAAGGCAACAUACGCCUUUCGCCGUGAAUAUUAGAUGGCUUGGUAAAGACUUGCAGCUUCGUGUCUACGGGUCGGCCGCAUUUGAAGAGAUUGCAAAGGCCCCACUCAUGGGCCGCGGAUGGGUAUUGCAAGAGCGCUUACUUAGUCCAAGGUCACUCUACUUCGGAGAACAGAUACAUUGGGAAUGUACCGAAAGCUCGGCAUGUGAGUCCUUUCCGGAGAAGAAGGCACAGCCUUUCUUUAGCUUUCCGAGGUUUGGACAUUCUGUUCCUCUUCGCAUUACCACACUACUCGAAGAGAACGUUCCAUUUCGAGGAGGAGAACACGAAAAAUCUGAUGUGUAUCGAAGCUGGAUGCAAAUCGUUGAAUGGUUCUCAAACUGCAAAUUAUCUUUCGGGGGGGAUUGUUUCCCUGCCUUGUCGGGCCUUCAGCGUCAAUUUGAAGAGGUGCUCCAAGAUGAAUAUCUGGUAGGGAUGUGGCGGAGGGAUAUAAUAAAUGAGCUUGGAUGGUUUGUAAAGCACGAUAUCCAUGAGUGCGCAACAGCACCAUCUUGGUCAUGGGCGUCGGUUGUCAUUCCAGUGGCGUUUCCGAUGCAUUGGGACUCAAAUGAAUCUUCAUACUCAGAGAGGACUAUCGCCAAUGUCGAGUCUAUCGAGAUGAAACAGGACGAUAAAUUAAACUCAGGCAACAUAUCCAGCGGUAGGUUACGAAUCUCUGGCCACAUGGUACGGAGCAGUGAAAGACUGUGCGAGAGAAAGCCCCUGGUCGUCGACUCUUUUCCCUCCAGCUACGAAGUUUACGAUGCCGGAUACACUGCAGAUGCGCUCCGGUCCUCCAGCGGCAGCUUUCAUUUCAUCCUCCAUCACUACGAUACGACAUUCGGAACUUUGCGCAGAAUGGAUGAAGUCAGAGUGCUGCUAGGAUUGAUCGUCGAAUGUAUAGACCAGCGGUUGCAACUUUAUCGGAGGAUUGGCAUGUUCAGGCAUUGCUUGGGGUGCAGUGACGAACCCUGCGAGUACCAUGAGUUCGAUGACUGGGACCCGUCUAGAAGCGAGCGCCACACGAUCACAAUUGUGUAACAUCGUUAAACACGUUUCGCGCAUAUUAAUUGAGCCGAUUGUUUGGGCCUUGCUAUAAAGAAAACACUGAUGACAUCGGUGGCACACAGAUGGCCUCUUAAUAGUGAUUGAAAGGCUCAUAGGCAUCAUCGUCGAACCAGUUGACGAAGACAGAACAACGUGGCGCAGAAUCGGUGCGUUCGAUCAUCCUCGUGGUGAUGGGUGGAUGAAGCUGGACUACAAUCCAGGCUAUCCCGAAUUUCAUGACUGGGACCCAAAGAAUGACGAGAGGCAUACAAUCACGAUCAUCUAGACGUCUUGCUCUCAUACAACCAAAUCCCGAUGUA